AUGGUGGAAGAGCUUGACGAUACUGAUGUGCUUAUCGAAUGCAUAGAUGUCUAUAAGUCAUUUGGGGAAAAGGACAUCUUAAGAGGGGUCAGCUUCAAGAUUAGGCAUGGGGAAGCUGUUGGAAUAAUUGGGCCUUCUGGCACUGGAAAAUCUACUAUCUUAAAGAUUAUGGCUGGGCUUCUUGCUCCAGACAAGGGCGAGGUUUUUAUUCGAGGAAGAAGACGACAUGGUUUGAUCAGUGAUGAGGAGAUAUCCGGUCUUCGCAUCGGCUUGGUGUUUCAGAGUGCAGCUCUUUUUGAUUCUUUAACUGUUCGUGAAAAUGUUGGUUUUCUUCUGUAUGAGAAUUCCACCAUGCCCGAGGAUCAAAUUUCGGAGCUUGUAACAGAAACUUUGGCUGCCGUUGGCUUAAAGGAAGUUGAGAAUCGAUUACCUUCUGAGUUGUCUGGCGGGAUGAAGAAAAGAGUUGCAUUGGCCAGGUCUAUAAUUUUUGAUACCACAAAGGAUACAAUAGAGCCUGAGGUCGUUAAAGUGGCGAUGAACGAUGCAAUGGUGAUGAACUCCAGUUGCUGCGUCGUUGUUGUUUGUCCAGCCAUCGAAGUUGAGUUGCUGUUUUCUCUUCUUUGUCGUUAUUCUGUCGCUAGAGGUCUUGUUGAUUGUGUCGUGGAUGUCGCUGGUGAUUAG